CUUCCUAUCACCAUCACUCUGUUUUUCAAAGGCAUUCUUCAUUCAUUUGCAGCUGUUCCGAUUCCUAUUUAGAAAACAUGUUGGGAAUUUUCAAGGAGAAGUUGGUCAAUGCACCGAAGGAGCUGAAGAGUCCAGCUUCUACGAGUCGGUGCAGUAAGCCUAAGCUAAGCAAUGAAAUCCUGAAUGAUUUCAUGUCCUCCAAUUCCUCCAAUGCUUUCUCCAUGUGCUUUGGAAACGAUGCUUUGUUAGCCUAUUCCUCUCCAAACAACAACUCAACUCAUCAGAGGUUCUUCAGUGGUUUGGAUGACAUAUACUGCGUUUUCAUGGGUGAGUUGCACAACCUUAGUAGGCUGAACAAGCAAUAUGGACUAUCGAAGGGAACAAACGAGGCCAUGUUCAUCAUUCAAGCAUAUCGAACACUUCGAGACAGAGGUCCAUACCCUGCUGAUCAAGUCCUCAGUCAACUCGAAGGCAGUUUUGGAUUUCUCAUCUAUGACCACAAGAAUGGAACUGUUUUUGUUGCAUCUGGUUCCAAUGGCCAGAUUGGGCUCUACUGGGGUGUUGCAGCCGAUGGUUCGAUAGUGAUUUCUGAAAAUGUGGACCUUAUAAAAGCAGGCUGUGCUAAAUCAUUCGCACCAUUUCCAACUGGGUGUAUGUUUCACAGUGAACAUGGUCUGAUGAACUUUGAACAUCCGACGAGGAAGAUGAAAGCAAUGCCAAGAAUUGACAGCGAGGGGGUUAUGUGUGGGGCAAACUUCGAUGUUGACUCUCAAUCAAAGAUCCAAAUGAUGCCGCGUGUUGGAAGUGAAGCUAACUGGGCUACUUGGGGAUAGUUGAAGUAACAUAUCUACUUUUCUUGUUUGGUUCCAUUGUUCUGUACAUAUUCAUGCUUCAAUGUUGAACGUGACUUUCGUAAUUUCUAAUAUGAAUGACAAGAAGUUUUAGCUUUUCACUUUUAAAUUCUUGGUUUGCUUAUUAUGUAAUUGAAUCUUUCAUCGCAAAAUGAAGCAAGAGAGAAGAUAAUUAAUGACU